CCUGCAGGUGAGAGGGGCCGCGUCCAUAGGCCGGUUCAGCGGCGGCAGGUGGGGGAGCGCGACUGGGCUUAGCCGGCGGGGCCUGCUCGCGCGGGGCAUCUGAACCCUCCAUUUCCCGGUUCUAACUGCGCAGCAGGGCCGGGCCGGGACUUUGAGCGCAGCGACGCGUGGUUCUUGCACCCUUGGCCCGGGGCUAGGGCGGGCGUGCUGGCACCGGGUGGAAAGAAGCCCCCUGCGGGCUGUUUUACUUCAAAUAAGGAACAUGGUGAAACUGAUUCACACAUUAGCUGAUCAUGGUGACGAUGUCAACUGCUGUGCCUUCUCCUUUUCCCUCUUGGCUACUUGCUCCUUGGACAAAACAAUUCGCUUGUACUCGUUACAUGACUUUACUGAACUGCCACACUCUCCGUUGAAGUUUCACACCUAUGCUGUCCACUGCUGCUGUUUCUCCCCUUCAGGACAUAUUUUGGCAUCGUGUUCAACAGAUGGUACCACUGUCCUAUGGAAUACUGAAAAUGGACAGAUGUUGGCAGUGAUGGAACAGCCUAGUGGCAGCCCCGUGAGGGUUUGCCAGUUUUCCCCAGACUCCAGGUGUUUGACAUCAGGGGCAGCUGAUGGAACUGUGGUUUUGUGGAAUGUACAGUCAUACAAGUUAUAUAGAUGUGGUAAUGUUAAAGAUGGCUCCUUGGUGGCAUGUGCAUUUUCUCCUAAUGGAAGCUUCUUUGUCACUGGCUCCUCAUGUGGUGAUUUAACAGUGUGGGAUGAUAAAAUGAGGUGUCUGCAUAGUGAAAAAGCACAUGAUCUUGGAAUUACCUGCUGCAAUUUUUCUUCACAGCCAGUUUCUGAUGGAGAACAAGGUCUUCAGUUUUUUCGAUUGGCAUCAUGUGGUCAGGAUUGCCAAGUCAAAAUUUGGAUUGUUUCUUUUACUCAUAUCUUAGGUUUUGAAUUAAAAUAUAAAAGUACCCUGAGUGGGCACUGUGCUCCUGUUCUGGCUUGUGCUUUUUCCCAUGAUGGGCAGAUGCUAGUCUCAGGGUCAGUGGAUAAGUCUAUCAUAGUAUAUGAUACUAGUACUGAGAAUAUACUUCACACAUUGACUCAGCACACCAGGUAUGUCACAACUUGUGCUUUUGCACCUAAUACCCUUUUACUUGCUACUGGUUCAAUGGACAAAACAGUGAACAUCUGGCAAUUUGACCUGGAAACACUUUGCCAAGCAAGGAGCACAGAAGAUCAGCUGAAGCAAUUUACUGAAGAUUGGUCAGAGGAGGAUGUCUCAACAUGGCUUUGUGCACAAGAUUUAAAAGAUCUCGUUGGUAUUUUCAAGAUGAAUAACAUUGAUGGAAAAGAACUGUUGAAUCUUACAAAAGAAAGUCUGGCUGAUGAUUUGAAAAUUGAUUCUCUAGGACUGCGUAGUAAAGUGCUGAGGAAAAUUGAAGAGCUCAGGACCAAGGUUAAAUCCCUUUCUUCUGGAAUUCCUGAUGAAUUUAUAUGUCCAAUAACUAGAGAACUUAUGAAAGAUCCGGUCAUCGCCUCAGAUGGCUAUUCAUAUGAAAAGGAAGCAAUAGAAAAUUGGAUCAGCAAAAAGAAACGUACAAGUCCCAUGACAAAUCUUGUUCUUCCUUCAGCGGUACUAACACCAAAUAGGACUCUGAAAAUGGCCAUCAAUAGAUGGCUGGAGACACACCAAAAGUAAAAUUGUUGAUAGUGUAUUGUUUAUAUUUUCAGUGGUCUCAUUUGAAUGAUUUACAGGUAAAUAUUAAUCAGACAUUAUUAAAAGCAAAACAGGAAAAAGGUAAACUUAAAUUUAGUUACCUAUAAAAAUUGUGAAUUUUCAUUCUUUAAAAACACAUGGACUUACUAUAAAAGCCUUUUUGUACUAGUGAAAAAAGUCUUCAGCUAUGUAGAAAUAAAGUUAUACUUUAAA